GCGAGCGAACGGCGGCAACAAGAAAGACGUUGCGGUCGCAGCGGCGGCGACUCCCAAACGCGGCCGCCUCGGUAACGCAGCCCCCGCGCGCCUAUUCUUAGCUCGCCACGAGGCCCCGCCGCGGGCGCCCGUGUCCCCUCUCGCUCUCGCUUGCUCGCGUUCGGCAAUGCCCACGCGCUCCCCCACCUCUCGAGCACGUCGCCGCCGCCACCACCACUAGUGCGCCGCACGUACGCGUUCACGAGGACACCCCCACCUACCGAGUCCAUGGCCGGCGAGGCCGCCGGGGUGCUCCUCCUCCUGGCCGCGGUGGCGCUCGUCCUCGCGGCGGCGGCGGCUCAGUCGUCGGAGGCCGACGUGCUGCAGGCGUUCCGCGACACGCUGCGUGGGCCGGACGGCGGCCCGCCGGAGGAGCUGAACCAGUGGGUGACGCACCCGGGCGCGCCCUGCGACGCCGGCGGCGACGACACGCCGCGGUGGGUCGGGGUGAGGAAGUGCGCCGGCGGCCGCGUGGUGGUGCUGCAGCUGCAGGGAUACCGCCUGCAGGGCGCCGCGCCGGACCUGGGCCUGCUCGCGCCGCUCCAGGGACUGCGCUCGCUCAGCCUCGCCGGCAACAACCUCACGGGCGCGUUCCCGGACGUGUCCGCGCUGCCGGCGCUCAAGUUCCUCUUCCUGUCCCAGAACGGGCUCUCCGGCGAGAUCCCCGACGGCGCGUUCGCGGCGCUGAGGGGGCUCCAGAAGCUGAACCUGUCCAAUAACGCCUUCACGGGGGCGAUACCGAGCUCCAUCGCGACGUCCGGCAAGCUGAUUGACGUCGACCUCGCCAACAACAACUUCUCUGGGCCCGUACCGGAAGGGCUCCAGCGCUUGGGCGCCCAUCUCGAUGUCCAAGGGAACAAACUCCUCUGCGGCCUACCGGGCGGGCCCCCGUGCCCUUCCUCGUCCCCGGCGUCGCCGUCGUCAUCCGGCAACAUGAAGGUACUGAUGAUCAUCGCCAUCGUGGUGGUCGCGAUCGGCGCCCUCCUGGCCGUUGCCGGCAUCUUCGCCGCGGUCCAGGCCCGCCGCAACGAGCCACGCUACGCCGGCCGCUCCGAAACACUCAGCGGCAAGCCCGACGCCGCCAAGGUCAAGGUCACCUCCGCUCCGGCCGUCAAGUUCGAGCAGGGCGGCGCGGACCAGCACGGCGGCGCGGUGACGCCGGCGGCGGGUAAGCGCGGCGGCGGGCGGCGCGACGAGCACGGGAAGCUGGUGUUCAUCCAGGAGGGGCGGGCGCGGUUCGAGCUGGAGGACCUGCUCCGCGCCUCCGCCGAGGUGCUGGGCAGCGGCAACUUCGGCGCGUCGUACAAGGCGACCCUCCUCGACGGUCCGUCCCUGGUGGUGAAGCGGUUCAAGGAGAUGAACGGCGUCGGGCGGGAGGACUUCGCCGAGCACAUGCGCCGGCUGGGGCGCCUCGUCCACCCCAACCUCCUCCCCGUCGUCGCCUACCUCUACAAGAAGGAGGAGAAGCUGCUCGUCACCGACUACAUGGUGAACGGCAGCCUUGCCCUCGUCCUCCAUGGCGGGGCGAGGUCGACCCUACCGCCGCUGGACUGGCCGAAGCGGCUGAAGAUCAUCAAGGGGGUGGCGCGCGGGCUGGCGCACCUGUACGAGGAGCUGCCGAUGCUGAUGGUGCCCCACGGGCACCUCAAGUCCUCCAACGUCCUGCUCGACGCCGCCUUCGAGCCGGUGCUGAGCGACUACGCGCUGGCCCCCGUGGUGACGCCGCAGCACGCGGCGCAGGUGAUGGUGGCGUACAAGUCCCCCGAGUGCGGCGCGGCGGGCGGGCGGGCGGGGCGGAAGAGCGACGUGUGGAGCCUGGGCAUCCUCAUCCUGGAGGUGCUGACGGGCAAGUUCCCCGCCAACUACCUCCGGCAGGGCCGCGCCGGCACCGACCUCGCCGGCUGGGUGCACUCGGUGGUGCGGGAGGAGUGGACAGGGGAGGUGUUCGACAAGGACAUGCGCGGGACGCGGAGUGGCGAGGGCGAGAUGUUGAAGCUGCUCAAGGUCGGCCUCGGGUGCUGCGAGCCCGACGUGUCGCGGCGCUGGGGCCUCGAGGAGGCGCUCGCGCGCAUCGAGGAGCUCAGGGAGCGCGACUCCGGCGACGACAGCAUCAGCACCGCCUCGUCGUUCGUCAGUGACGGCGAGCCGCAGUCGCACUCCGCGUAGUAGCGACGAGGAACCAUGUCGUGUGAUGUUCGUGUACCGUGGCGGCAUAUGUUGGUGAGAGACGCGGCCGCCGGCGGCGGCGUUGGUUGAUCUCUUCAGAGGCGCGCGUGGCGGCCGGAGAUCGUCGGGGGUGUGUAAGCGUGUGGGAACAUUUUCGCAGCGUGUAAAUUGACUGUUAGAGUUUUUUUCAUCAAAAGAGGGGGAGGAGGGGUUGUCGUGGUAGGAGAAUAAGGCCGUUUGACUUCUAUUUGUUUUGCGUACAAAGCAUUGUUGUUGCAGGUGGUAUACGAAAAUUGCUGUCAGAAUAAAGUAGUGCAGUAAAAUACGCAGAAGAGAAGGUCAAAUACAAAAAGGGUUUUCCAUUAA